UGAUAGGGUCGGUAUUUAAUGGAUGUUGGGUCUAGUCCUAGUAAUUAGAUACGCGUGUUAUAAUAAAGCUUGGAUCGGUAAACCCUAUGUGAGAGUCACAUUGAAAAGUUUCUCCAGAAUUUAGGAGCAACUAAUCAAAGACAUCAAUGCCAAUUAGGCAUCAAUCACGUGAUUAGUCACCAACCAUUACUUGCAUGUCUAGGGAGAGCAUUUGUUCAAAGUAAAACUUUGUGAGAAGCAAAGCCUACACUCAAAGCAUAUAUGCCAAAGCCACAACCUAGUGUAAAACUCAAGCCAAAAAACCCACACCCUCUCUUUUUACCUCUUAUAUAUACACACACACAGAGAAAACCUAGCUGCAAGGAGACUGAAGGAGGAAGACAAGGAUGGAGUGGUUCUACCCUAAGAGGAGGGGCCCACAGUGGAAGCAAGGUUGGACUGGCCAAACCCUAACCUCAAUCUCUGCACCUCCCCUACAUUUGCUCACCAUCUUUGCCAUUGUUAUUGCUUUCUUAUGUCUUUCUCAGUACACCGACUACAAGUCCCAAAUGCAACACACAACCAUCAACGCCCACCUUUUCCUAAUAUCCUUUCCUAUUUUCUUGAUAUUUUUGGUAGCUUCGUACUCUUCGAUUUCUUCUACCGGAUGGUUCAACUCCGGGUACCGGCCUUCACAGCGCGAGGCAGUUCAACGAGCAGGCAGGGGUGGCAGCUCAAGCUCGCCGUGGGGUGUUGCCAUCUUGUUGGUGCUGCUUCUGGUGUUGGUGUCUUACCAAUCAUCGGUUCAUUCCAAGUGGUUUGGUGGGAGGUCGGAUUGAUUGAAUCGUUUGUUAACUAAAAGAUGUAAUGGAUUGGAAUUGGAUAAACGAAUGCCUGUGCAUUUUAGCA